CUCGAAGCGGCGACGUGCGUCAUUGUUGCUCAGAGCUCCUGCUUUUACAGCUCCAGAAGAUCCAAGCUCGCCCAACAACUAGCCGCCGUUUAUCUCGUCGUCACACCCGCAGUCUCCGCCCGCAGCACACACACUGCUCCACCCACCAUAUUCCUCCUUACGAGACCCUGCUGAGACAGCCGUAUCCCUCACACACCCGCCACGAUGCCGGAAAACCUCAAGAAGCUCAAGCCGCAGGCGCAGAUGACAAGGCGGGGCCCGUUCACAACCGAAGUCCCCGGCGCACAGAAGGUCGAAGGCGAGACGAUACCACGUCGCAACAACGCCGCCAAAGAUGGCCUCCAGGCACUGCCUUCGAUCCCCGGCGUCGAGACGCUCUACGAUCUGCUGCGCUACUCGGCCGCCAAGUAUGGAAACGCAAAGGCCGUCGGCGCGCGUCGCAUAGUCAACAUCCACGAGGAGACGAAGAAGGUGAAGAAGAUGGUCGACGGCGCCGAGCAGGAGGUGGACAAGAAGUGGAGCUACUUUGAGCUCAGCCCUUACACGUACAAGAGCUUCGUCGAGUUCGAGAAGAUGUCGCUGUCUGUGGGCUCGGCGCUGAAGUCGCUGGGCCUGGAGCCCAAGGACCGAAUGCAUCUGUUUGCGGGCACCAGCAUGCAGUGGCUUUCCUCGGCGCAUGGUGCCAUGUCCCAGUCGCUGGCGAUUGUCACGGCUUACGACACACUUGGAGAGGAGGGCCUCAGGCACUCGAUGCUGCAGACCAAGGCGAAGAUCAUGUUCACAGACCCAGAACUGCUGCCCAGGCUUGUGAACCCGUUCAAGGACGCCAAGGAUAUCCAGACAGUCAUCUACAGCACCAAGAACGACCCAAAACAAAAGGACAUUGACGCCCUCACAAGCGCACACCCUCACCUCAGAGUCAUAAGCUUCGACGAGCUGAUCAGGAUGGGUGAGGAGAACCCUGCGGAGCCCAUCCCCCCCAAGGCUGAUGACCUCGCCUGCAUCAUGUACACGUCUGGAUCCACAGGCACGCCCAAGGGUGUCAUGAUUGAGCACCGCAACGUUAUUGCUGCGAUUGCUGGCGUUGACGUCAUCGUUGGCAAGUAUCUCGGUCCUGGCGACGUUCUCAUCGCAUAUCUCCCGGCUGCGCAUAUCCUCGAGUUCGUCUUCGAGAACGCGACUAUCUACUGGGGUGGAACUCUUGGCUAUGGCACAAUCAGGACCCUGUCCGAUACUUCUGUGCGCAACUGCGCUGGUGACAUCCGCGAACUGAAGCCUACGGUUAUGGUUGGUGUGCCCCAGGUCUGGGAAACGGUCAAGAAGGGUAUCAUCGGCAAGGUCGAGGCAGGUGGCGCGGUCACGUCAAACCUCUUCUGGGGCGCCUUUGCUGCCAAGGGCUUCCUCCUCAACUCCGGACUGCCUGGUAGCGGUCUGAUCGACUCGAUCGUGUUCAACAAGGUCAAGGAGGCUACAGGAGGCAAGCUACGUAUCUGCCUGAACGGUGGAGGUCCCAUCUCCAAGGAAACGCAACGCUUCAUCUCCAUCGCCAUCACCCCCAUGAUCGGCGGCUACGGCCUCACCGAGACAUGCGCUAUGGGCGCAGUCAUGGAUCCUCGCGCGUGGACCGAAAACGCCCUGGGAGAAAUCCCAGCAUCGGUUGAAAUCAAGCUCGUCGACUUUGCCGACGCCGGCUACUUCUCCACCAGCAACCCUCCCCAAGGUGAGAUCUGGAUCCGUGGUGGCGCCGUGGUUUCAGGCUAUCUCGACAUGCCCGAGGAAACCGCCGAGGCCUUCACCGAGGACGGUUGGUUCAAGACGGGCGACAUUGGCGAAUUCGAUUCCGACGGCCAUCUCCGCAUCAUCGACCGCAAGAAGAAUCUCGUCAAGACAAUGGCAGGCGAGUACAUUGCGCUUGAGAAACUCGAAUCCGUGUACCGCAGCGCGUCGAUCGUCGCGAACAUUUGUGUUUACGCCGCUGAGGACCGUCAGAAGCCUAUUGCUAUUAUCGUCCCUGCGGAGCCGGCGCUCAAGAAACUCGCCGCUGAUGCGGGCGUGAAGGGCAGCGGGCUGGAGGAUUUGGUCCAGGACAAGAAGGUCAAUAGCGCUGUGUUGAAGCAGCUACAGACCGCUGGACAGAAGAGCGGGCUUGCGGGCUUUGAGAUUAUCGAGGGUGUUGUCUUGGCUGAUGAGGAGUGGACGCCGCAGAAUGGUCUUACGACUGCCGCGCAGAAACUCAAUCGUAAGGAUAUUCUGAAGAAGUAUCAGAAGGAUGUUGAUCGUGCGUAUGGCCGGUCGUAGGUGUGCUAUAUAGUGGUUUGCUUGCUUGCUUGCAUGUAUGAUUGGUAGGUAGGUAGAUGGAUAGGUAAGUAGGGAUGGUGAGUCCGUUGGUUUUAUAUGGAAGAUGUCCUUUCUUCUCCUCGGGAUAGAGUGAGAAAGAAAGAGAAAGAAGGAAAGAAGGAAAGAAAAGGUUCCACGAAUUUGUCCUCAGCGAUUGAAGGGUUGAAAUUGG